CUCAGAUCCCAGCUCACUCCAGUUUCUGCCCAGGGGAUAAUGGCAGUCUCGGAGGCAGAUGUGAAGUUCAUCGGAGAUGAAACGCUCGAUUUCAGCAUAUUGCCCUCGCCUCCCAGCAGCGGCAAGGAAGAAGAGGUGCCCGGGUUGGUGCUGAGUCCUAGGAAGCCAGUCUUGGGGGGCCUGACCCCCCAGGGUGACCCGAACCCUGAGGCUCCGGCGCCCCAGGGGUGCGGGCUCAGGCUCAGCUGGGGCCCUGUGAGCCCGGAGAAGCUGGAGGAGAUCCUGGAGGAGGCAAACCAGCUGGCGGCUCAGCUGGAGCAGUGCGCUCUGCAGGAGCAAGAGAAUGCGGCAGAGCCCAAGGGGAGGCAAAGGGCUCAGCCCAGCCCCCGGAGGGAGACUUUUGUGGUGAAGGACAGUCCCGUUCGCGCCCUACUGCCCACCGUGGGCUCCUCGCCCCAGGGCGGCCCCUCUCUCCGGGGGACUCCCUCCCCCAGAGGGGGUCCCUCCCCCGGGGGCCUGGCCUCCCGUCUCCGGAGCAGCGAGAAAAAAGGGUUGGUCAGGAGUCUCCGACCUGCGGCUGGGAAGAGGACCGCCAGCAGCAGGAGGGAGGGGCCCGGCGGACACUCAGGCCCCGCAGGCAGAGGUCCGGCCUCCACCAGCUUCACACGGAGCAGCCCCCCGGCUCGGGGCAGGGGGGGGACCACGGGGAAAGCCGCCCCAGGUGAGGAGGCGAACAGCGGGAAGGGGCUUCGGCCGGAGCUUGUACAACGAGGCUUCCGAGAGGUGGGUGGGAACCUCUGGGUGUGUGUUGGAGUGCAGCCUUCAGAAGGGCAGGGGUACGUCACCGGUGAGCGGGCACGCGACCUAUGA